AUACAACUUCACCACUGCAGCCUUCUAUUGUAUUGUUCGCUCUACUCUGCUCUUUUUGGUACAAAGUUAUACAAUAUGCAGUCACGGGAAGCUUCUCAUGCUGGUUCCUGGUAUUCUGAUAGCCAACGCACUUUAACCCGUCAGCUUGAUGAAUGGCUCGCCCAAGUUCCAAAUAGGAUCGAGGGCAUAGGCUCCCUGCCAGUGCCUGGUGCACGAAUAAUAAUUGCUCCACAUGCGGGCUACGCAUACUCUGGGCCCUGUGCCGCCUAUGCAUACAAGGCUCUGGAUCUUUCGAAAGCCAAGCGGAUUUUCAUUCUUGGACCAUCUCACCAUCAUUACCUCUCGACCCUCGCUCUCCCUGAACUUACUUCGUACUAUACCCCGCUUUCCGACGAGCCUCUGCCACUUGACACGGACCUUAUCGCGAAGCUACUCUCAACCAAAGCAGUCAAAUCUAACGGGUCCACUGUUAGCUUCACAACUAUGUCACGAUCUAUUGAUGAGGAUGAACACAGCAUAGAACUUCAUUUACCGUACAUCCACCGUCUUUUGCAGCUCCAUUUCCCAAAUAAACCCACCUCCCAGUACCCACCACUUGUGCCGAUCAUGGUUGGAAGUACUUCAACAUCUACUGAGAGUGCUUUUGGAGCCCUUCUGGCUCCGUAUCUGGAGGACCCCGCCAACGCUUUUGUCAUAAGUUCAGACUUCUGCCACUGGGGUUUGCGUUUCCGCUACACAUACUACGUUCCCCAGGCACCAAAGCCGGGGCCAAAGCUCCCACUUUCUGCUAACUCUUUACCUCAGCCAGGAGACAAUAUCAGUAGCGUAGAGGAUAAAAUGGAAUCGGUAUCUACGGGCCAAGCUUUGCAGCGGCGAGAUCGUAUCUCAAAUCGAGAGCCAGCGAUCCAUGAGAGCAUCUCGGCCUUCGAUAUCGCGACUAUGGCAGCCAUAAGUACCGGCGUCACUGCUAAUUUCUUGGAUACAAUCCAAACCACUGGCAAUACAGUUUGUGGCCGGCAUCCAAUUGGCGUUAUUAUGGCUGCUGUUGAGGAAAUUACGAGCCAGGAAGAAGGGAAAAAGGGUAAAUUCCAUUUUGUCAGAUAUGAGAGAAGCUCGGAUGCAGUUGAUGUCGACGAUAGCUCCGUGAGUUACGUCUCUGCAUUUGCUGUGCUAUAAGCUACUUGGCUCUCUCAUUUCCUGUUUGGCCCCCCAACCUACUCGGGGUUUGUUCCCUUCUCUUAUAGCUUAGCAUGUCUGUCAUAUUGCUUUGGAAGAACGCAUCUCUACUCUGUUGCCCUGUGACUAAGUACCUAAGGUUGCUGGUAGCAAUUGAUUACGAUUUAGUUGGCAUGUAACCCCCUUCACACCAUCAUACCUUAGCACUGACACUGUGGAUUGUUUGGCAUCUUCCGUCCAGUGUCCCCAUACCCCCCCGUCACAUAUAGACAUCAUUGGCCCAAUUGCACCGCUUCCUGCCAUUGCUUUCUCUGGAUAGUAUGUGUGUGUGUGACGUGAAUGCUACCCACAGACAGGCAGAGUCAUUCCGUCGCUAAGAAUUGAUGGGGGAGAGAGAAUGCUCUCCCCGACGACUGACCGACGGCUACCCACUUCAACUUACCUAACUCCAAGCCCUACUAUUGAUGCUGGAAUCUGUUGGUGAACAUGGCGAAUGAAGCCACAUUGACUGAUUGGCGCCGGAAAUACUUAAUAAACUUAAACCCAGGAGAAUUUAAGAAUCACAUGGCCGGACGAUCAACGGAUAAACAUCAGAUGUUACACUGCUCUGUGCGAGAAGUCGGCCAACA